GAAAUAGAAACUUGAAAUUUUCAAACGAGGACAAAAUUCGCAUUACUAACAAGGAAAUAUCUCAACAGAACGUAUGUGGUCUAGCAGAAAUUGGGAAUACGAAUAUGACGUCACAGAGUACAGCGGAUGAAAAGCAGCGUCCAGAACAGCCAUCAGUCCCACAUGACAACCAACAUAACAACCAUGACAUUUCAGAAUCUGUGGAUUGCAAUGUUCAUCACUAUGGUAACACAGUUUUGCCCGAAAUGUAUACCUUAUGGCAAAAAGGCAUGUUUUGUGAUGUCAAGUUCGAGGUGAGUUCAAAAGUGUUUAGUUGCCACAGCGUAGUAAUUGCAGCUGUUUCCGACUACUUCAGGCGACUAUCGCGGAGUGCAAACGGAAAGGUCAUCCGAAUACGGAACAUCAAACCGGAAAUAUUUUCAGACAUUAUUCAAUUUGCAUAUACCGGAACAAUAAAUUUAAAAGAAAACAGUGUGUUCGAGAUGAUGUUUGCUUGUCAUCAUUUUGAAAUGACGUCACUCGUAACACUCUGUAGCGAGUACGCGUCCCGUUUCAUCUAUCCCGGUAACUGUUUUGAAGUGAUCGACUUUGCCAGGGAACUGUCUAUUCCAUCACUGUAUAGGAAGGCCAUUGACCUGGUGGAACAAAAUCAGGAUUCACUUUCCCUUGACCCGGAGGUUUGUUACAAUCGUAUGAAUUCGUCUAUGGCGUUCUUCAACGACAGAUCAAUUAUGAUAAAACGAAAAGGCAUUCCGAUUACAUCAAAACGACGAGAAAUGUACUUUAUGCAAUUUCUGGUGACGUUUGUGUCAACGAAUCCAAAAGAGCUACUAGAGGCUUUCGUUGAGUAUUUAAAGCUCGUCAACAUGCCGUUACUUUCGCACGUUAUAUUGACACAAAUAUUCCGGCCGCAACGCCAUCUACUGGACAACGCUCUCGUGCAGCACUUGCUGCAGUUGUCUGAACUUUUUCGAAACGGAACGGAAGCCGAAGACAUACCCUCUAUAUGGAAAUCGUCGUCAGAUCGAGACUGGUCUUUGUCAACAAACAAAGCAAUGACGCACGUUAAACUAUUUGAGUAUUUUUUGCAAAAAACUGUUUUCGCUGACAAAUCGGAAAUCGAACCGGAUGUCGCGGUUAUCUCCAUUGAAUUUCACUUCCGAUCAGUGAAAAGCUUCAAUUUUCUUGCCGGGAUAAAAAGUGUCUACAGCGAUGGCAAGAAAGUUUGCCAUGGAAAUUGUGCAAAAUAUGAAAAUGAACAAAUUAGCGGCCUUUCAACAAACAACCAAACGGCUGUUCUUUUGGAGGAGGAGCUUAUUGUUGCUGUGGAUGUAUUGUACUCUUAUGCAAUAAGCGGUAUAACACUCAAGACCAACACAGGACGAAUGCUUGGGCCGUUUGGAAAUAGCCCAUUACCUGGAUUACAACAUGCCAUGUACAAAGUACCAACCAUAGGGCCAUACAACCAUCUACAUGGAUUUAGCGGCACCGAGGUCGAAGUAACCGAUUUAAAGGACACAUACAUACUCAACUUGGCCGUUGUUUGGGCCAGCUUUGAUCCAAACUCAAACGCAAAAUAGAAAGUUUCAAUUGUUCUAAUGACAUACAACUUUAAAUAUAACUAGAAUUUUGUUUUUGUGAACAAAAACAUAUGUCUCCCCUUAUUAGCCAAUAGAAAAACUCCGGUAUUUAAAAUUAACGAAGUGCCAUAUCGCUUUAUAUAGUGGGGCACGAGACCCGAAUUUAGAAUUCGACACUCCUAC